AUGGCGACCCCCCAAAUCGCCUCUGGUUUCUGGCCACCUUUGGCCGUUCUCAUUGGGCCUCGUCCUCUUCAGGAGGAUGCUGAAGAGGAGAGCCCCGAGGCCUUAGACGUGCCCCUGGUGAAGAAGUCCUUUUGCAAAGGCACCGAGUUGAAGGCCUUCCUGCCGGAGCUGGAGGGCCGUGUGGCAGCGCUGGUCACGGUGGCACAGGGCCGGCUCAAGGACCAGGAGGACUUCGUGGUCCUUGUCUCCAAGAAGGGCUUUGCCAAGAAGGUGUCCUUGAGCCGCUUCCGUGCCCUGCGGCCCGGAAAGGGCAUGCCAGCGAUGAAGCUGGCAGAGGGAGACCAGCUAGCUUGGGCGCAUAAGGCGAGGUUGGGCGCUUGCGCUUCCGCGGGCGCGAUGUGGAAGGCUGGUGCCAACUCCGCCAUGGUCCUUGGCACGGCCGAGGGCUUUGUCUUGCGGGUCUCCCUGGGGCAGGACCCAGUGGAGAGCCCGCCGGCACCGCGCCGUGGCCGCGGCCGCCGCUCCGGGUCGGCGGUUCGGGCCAUCCCCGGGGAUGCGGCCAACCGCGUGCGGCGAUUGAAAGCCUUGGGCCCCGAACGAGUCAAGCAGGAGGAGGAAGAGAAGCGACAACAGGCCUCCGUCGAGCCCCUCACCGCCGUGCGCGCGGAGCAGCUGGACGCGCUGGGAGUGGCGCUACUGGCACAAGGGAGGCCUCAGGAGGCGGAGGAGGCCUUUCGACAAUCGCUGCAGCUGGCAAGUCUGGUGGAUGCGGAGUGGGCAGCCAACAACCUGGCUGUGUCUUUGAAAGCUCAGGGCAGCGAACGCUACGGUGAAGCCGAAGAGUUGUAUCGGAGCACCUUGAAGAAGCGGAGAGAGCCUUGGCCGAAGCCGGGGAGGCGGAGAACCGACCGGGAGGAGCGGCUCCGGGACACGCGGAGCCCGGAGAUCUUGACGAGUCUGAACAACCUGGCGGUGCUGUUGAAAGCGGAAGGUCAGUUGCCCGAAGCCGAGGAGCUCUACCGGCAGGCGCUCAGUGGCCGGCGCCGGGCACUGGGCCUCUUGGCGUGCGAUUUGCAUCCUGACACCCUCACGAGCAUCAACAACUUGGCCACCUUGUUGGCCAGCACUGGGCGCAGUGAUGAAGCCGAAACUUUGUACUUCGAGGCGGCCUUGGAGGGCUGCCGCAAAACUCUCGGAGAAGAUGAUUUGGACACGCUGUACAGUGCGGAUAACUUGGGAUUGCUCCUCUUCCGGGAAGGUCGCGCAGAGGAGGCCGAGCCCUACUUCCGCCGAGCGCAGCAGGGCUUCCUGCGGCAGCUGGGGCGCUUGGAUCCGGAGCACCUGCGUAGCGAGGACAACCUGGCUGUGACCUUAAUGGCACUUCAGCGCUACGACGAGGCGGAGCCCAUCCUCCGUGAGGCCGUGGAAGGCUUUCGUGAGAUCUUGGGUGAAGAACAUCCGGACACCUUGGUGGCACAAGCAAACCUCGAUGUCCUUUUGGAGGAGAUCAUCGAGCGGGUGUGCAUUUUUUUCUGA